AUGGACUUUUCCUGAUUACUCCCUGCUGCAUUUUCACAGCUGCUCACCCUGCCUUCACGCGGAAAAUUAACUCAGAGGCUGGCAGGUAAAAUUCAGGUGAAGACAGAGUUAUAGGUUGUGGCUGUUUGCGCUCACACAUACAGUUCACCCAGUUUUGUGCAUGUGUGAAAGAACAAAAUACUACCAACCUUGACACACGCUACCUCACUGGAUAGUAUCAACGAAGGGAAAGGGGACACAGGCCGGACCAGGUCCCGGGCCGCCCGCCAUCCUAGACGACUACAGCGUCUGUACAUGGGGCUCAACUCAACCACUAGACCAUCCGCGCCCCAGAAGUCUUAUAUUGGAUUUAUUAUUUUGAAUAGAAAAUCCCUUACCCUUUACUCUUGCUCGGCAUCACCACACAAAAAAAAAACAGAACCUGAGGAAGGUUAAGAGGAACCGAAAUAUUGUGAUUUUUUUCCAAUAAGUUGGUGAUGCCAAGCAAGAGUAGUGUGCAGGAUUGUUUAUUUUCAAAGUGAUAAUCUUAAGUCCUAUGCAACUACUUCAUGAGAUGUUUUGUUUUGUGCGUACACCUCCAUUAAACCGUUGUCUCUUUAUUAGAAUAAAUGCAAAGUGUAACCAUCAAAAUGCUUCUUUUUCCCCAGAGUUUCAUCUCCCUCUUUUUCUUCUUUUCAUUUCAUUUUUCUUACUACACUUGAGUUUAAAGAAGGCUGUAAAACAUCUACUUGUCUGUGAAUAUUUCACAACGUCUGAUUUGAAACUCUUAAUUCCAUAAAGACUCUGAAUGUGUCUUCAAUCUCCGUUUUCCAGAACAUAAAAGAUGAUUGUGUCAGUGCUAUUAUGUGCUGCAUUUGACGGUUAGUACAAGAUAUUAACUCAUAUGCAUUUAUAUGUUGUGCAAAGUUGUGUUUUUUUAAAAUAUAAAAUCCGUAGUUGCAAUGAUCUUUAUACCAGUUUCUCCGCUCACGUGUGCCCCGAUGUUCUUUCUGAUUUUUACGAGCCGCUCCUGAACGCACCUGCAGGAACAGACGUCCGCACAUUCGCUGCCCCGUGAGAGGCGGAGGAGGGCGCAUGAUCAGCGGGCAAACGGACCAAUCAAAUCGGCCCCUUAGGUUCCACACGCUCCCCCUGUCUCUCGCCCUCCUCCACCUCCACCUCCACCUCCCCCCCCCCGCGGCUCCGCCUCCUCCUCCCCCCGCUCCUCGUCGCUGAGGACGGCCGGAACAUUCCUCAUAUUCCUGGGUCUCGAUAAGCGGAGGAACGCGGCGACGAAACGACGCGAGCCGAAGACACGACGGAUUCAAACACCUCAUGACUCUUUAGAAGGACACGGAAGGCUGAUGUUGGGUCGUGGUGUUAAGCGGAAGUGGAGCUGCCUGGAGGAGCUCGAGGUGGAGACCCUCCCUGCUUCUGCAGAGAAGAAGAAUGGCGAGGAAGACCAGGAGGAUAAGGACGACUUCCUCGUGGGUCCGUCCAAGUCCGACAUGAGCCACCUGCAGCAGCGUCAGCGGGUGCUCGGCCUCUGCCUGGAGAAGCUGCAGCGCUACCAGGUGGGCGUGGAGCUCAGCCUGCGUCGCUCCGUGCUCCUCAUCAACACGCUCAGGCAGAUCCAGGAGGACAUGCAGAGCGACGGGGUGGGCGCCUGCACAUCGGGCGUUCUCCUCAACGGCGUCCACUCUAAUUCCUGCAUUCUCAGGGAGGACUUGCCGGUUACGUGCCCCGGGUGCGCAGAAGUAGAAGAAGACAACUUUUCUCCACAGCUGUCGUCUGAACUCCACGUUCAAGAGGCAAACAGCUCGCCUGACCAGCCUAAAUCACUUCCGGCGGCGACCAUCAAUGCUUUCAGCGAUGCAGUAAACGCCAUGGGCUACCUCAGCGACCUCGCCCUGGACGACAUCUUUGAGGACAUUGACACAUCAAUGUAUGAGACUUCAGACCUGCCCUCUGCCUGGGCGUCCGUCAGCGUGUCACUUUGGGCAGACGAGGACGUUAAAAUGCGCUCUAGCAGUCACGCCUCAGCUGGGAGUCUCCAGUCGUGUCUGACGGACCUCAACGAGCUGGACCACAUCAUGGAAAUUCUGGUAAAGUCCUGAUCGCUGAGACGAACUCCUGAAACUUUUAGGUUAACUGAGGAGUCUGAUCACAGCUGAUGAGGACAGAGGACUGAUCCGAGCGUGAAUGAACUCUUGGAUUUUUUUUGAGGUUCCAUCAGAUAUAUCAGGAAGUUUCAUGUUGAUUAAAACACCAACUUCUAUGCAACUGCUUCAGAACUAAACAUCUUACAUUUUUAGUUAAGUUAUGUCCACAAGUGUGUGCUUCUCAUACAACCAAAUUAUUUACUUAAGCAAAUUAAGUAUGCAUCCUAAAACUUAACUGAGAUCAUCAAACAUGAAGGAAACUUACUUUUAAACACUUUCAUACUGUUGAAUAUACUGAAUAUUAUUGUUGACAUUCAACAAAGAUAACUGCACUCUGAACACAGAGAGAGACCAAUUUCUGCAUCCUCAGUAGCAGGAAACACAUCUGAUAUCUCUGCAGCUCAAGGUCAGGUUGUGUUUUAUGUCGUGGGUGAGUAAUCUGUAGUAAAAGCAGACGAGACAUGUCUCGGCAAAGUCAGAAAAAGAUAUAGUAGAUUGCAUUAUUUAGUCAGGGAAGUGCAGUAACAAAGAGAACAGGAGGACUUCAUUAACAGUGUUAAGAGUGUCUAAAGGUGAGUUUACCUUAAAGUGAUGAGUCUAUAAAAGCUCAGUGAUGGAACCUCAAAUUUCCAAUCUCACAUAAUUUAAGUUUUGUAAAUUAUUAGUAAGAAGCAUUAGCACCUCUGCGAGUGAAUCACCCGCUCAGGAAGAACCUGAGCCGCUCGGCGUCACUCAGGCUGUUAGAUCCGACCCGGGUUGAUUAUUAAUUGAAAUCUCUUCAAUUACUUAAAGAGGGUGUGAUUCAGCCAGCUGGGAGGGCAAAGGCCGGGGUUCCCUUUCAGUUUCUUAUCGCUCCAUGUAGGAUAUUUAAACGUAUGGCUGUGGUAAUGCAGCGUUGUAUAUUUAUUUGUCUUGUGGAAGAAUGUGUUUCUCUGAAUUUGGGGAGUUUAACAGCCAAAGAAGUAAGCUUCCCAUCCUUGUAGAUGAAACGCCACAUUCAGGUCCUAUCUCAAGAAAGUGGGAAAAAAUGGUUGACAUCUUGUCCCGAACACUUUUAUGUAAUAUUAUUCUUAUUUAUGAAUGAAAAAACCUACUACGAACCUGCAGCAGAUAUUACUUGUUCUCUUUGUGUACAGUCUUUUGUUUGGGGCGCGAGUGUAACUUAUUAUUCUGAUUCUUUGCGACCUUGGACUCUCAGUGUAUCAGCUGCCAUUUCUACUGCUUUUUCGCUGACUCUGCUGACAAACUGUCAGCGCCUUUAGAUGAAAUAUUCCCAUCUUCUUCCUCCCUUAUCGGCAGCUUGUAUUUUCCGGUUAACGCGACAUGUCUUCAAUGCAGCAUCAAACAUGUAUUUUAAAUAGUAUGUAAAGAAUCUCUGGUCUCGACUGAGGAGCUGAUCGCCUCAAGUCAACAAUCAGAAAGACUUUUGCCAUGUCUCAGAAUUGUAAAUGACAACAGAAGCCUAUGUAUUUUUACAGCCAUCGUGAUGGUUUGAACUUUUAUUGCAAUGUUGGGAGUUUUUAAAACGUUUUUUUUAUGCGUUUGUACCUGAGACUCGAAAUCACUUGUCCAGUAGAAGAGAAAACAGCGAGUGAAGGGCUGCGGCAGAGCUCAUGCUCGACCUUCACAAUCUGUGGUUUACUCCUGUUCUACCUCCUGACGUCUGUUUGUUGUCGGUGCAGUGGGAUGGUUCUGUUUCACACCACCGACCGUCUUUUGAUAGAAAUCAUGUCGUUUUGUUUCACUGAGCUAACUGGGCGGGAAAAAAACCACAACCCAACUGAAUCCAACGCUCUCCUUUCAGACCAAAGUCAGCAUCUCCAUCUCUCUCGUCGACAAUGUGCCUUACUACUGAACUGAACUUUUUAUUCAUGUUGAGGUUUUUGUGCUUGCCUGAGCUUCAUUGAUAAAACAAACCUUAAGAAAGGAGGCACGGUGUUAUAUAAAGCAUUAAAAACCCUGAACCGUCAUCUCUUCUUCCCUCUUCUUAGCCUUUUUUUCCUGCGCCUGGUGCACACUAGUAGCAUAUGAGCUUAAUGUAUCGUGACAGGCUGACAGCGAACUAGCUGAGGGAGGAGGUGGCAGCUAGGGCCAGGAGGGAAAAAUAAGAGGAGGAGGAGGAGGAGGAGGAGGAGGAGGAGGGGUGGGAGGAAGCUGCUUGCGUCACUGUGCUCAGUAGGCGGGGUUUAGAGCUUGUUUUGCCCAGACUCUGACCACCGACCAAUCACACGAGAAGUACGAGGAGCUAGAUUGAUGUGCGAGGAGCACACUGCUUCAACAACAACAACUUGUUUUUGCUCCUGAUGGCUCUGCACAGAAAAACAGAGUGUGUGUGAAACUGUUGGAUUUGAGCCUGAAACAAAUCCACUUUCCUGUUGUGUGUGUGUUGUUGUUGUUGUUGUUGCCAUUCACAUAAACUUCCCAACAGGACUGAAAACAACAAAGCAGAGAGCUGCAGUGUUAUUUAUAAUAGUAUGAAAGUACAGAGUGUCAGUAGGGUUUGUAAAGCACAAGCUGUAAUGUUGAUGUUGAUUAUGAUACAAAUGAAGGAUGAGUUUCCGCAGUAAUGAGAUGAAAGAUGAAUAAUGUAUUGUAUUUUUUUGUGGAAUAUUUUAUAGAUUUUAUUCAAUAAUACAGUAAAAAUACCCUAACUUCUG